UCAUAGCAGGGAUUAGGGAAACAGAAGAGAAAUUUUAUUACAUCGUACAGGAGGAGAAGAACUACCGAGAAUCUCUGCUCCAUUGUCGGAUCCGGGGUGGAAUGCUAGCCAUGCCAAAGGAUGAAGCUGCCAACAAGGUCAUUGCUGACUACGUUGCCAAGAGUGGCUUCUUCCGGGUGUUCAUUGGCGUGAAUGACCUAGAGAGGGAGGGACAGUAUGUCUUCACAGACAGCACUCCGCUGCAAAACUACAGCAACUGGAAAGAGGGGGAGCCCAGUGACCCCUCUGGUCAUGAGGACUGUGUAGAAAUGCUGAGCUCUGGGAGAUGGAAUGACACGGAGUGCCAUCUUACCAUGUAUUUUAUCUGUGAGUUUGUCAAGAAGAAAAAGUAA